AUGAUCAGGAACUCAGACCUCAAAGGAUAUGAGAUACCUGGUAGGAUAGAAGCUCUGAAAGCAACACUGUUCGCAGACGACACGACAGUCUACCUUGCAGAGAGUGACGACUUUGCUGACCUACAACGUAUUUUAGAUACGUGGUGCUCCGCGGCGAAAGCACGAUUCAACAUAUCAAAAACGGAGAUCAUCCCACUGGGCACACCAGAAUUUCGGAGUCAAAUGGUCACACAAUACACGCAAACGGGAGAGUGGGGAAAUUACCCCAAGAACGUACGCAUGGCAGGCGACGGGGACACCGUACGAAUCCUAGGCGCCUUUCUCGGGUACGGUGCGGACCAAAUGGCGGUCUGGUCCCCUCGCCUAGCUAAGAUUGCAGAGGUGGUGAACCGCUGGAAAUUAAGCCAUGCAAAACUAGACGGAAGACGACACGUCGCACAGAUGAUUGUAGGAGGGAUGUCCCAGUUUCUAACAGACGUACAACUAAUGCCGAGAGAGGUGAUGAGAAGACUCACGAGAAUAGUGCGAGACUUCAUAUGGAGUGACAAAGUCAGCACGCCCGUAGCGAUGAAACAUCUGUAUCAA